AUGGCCAAAGUGUACAGACUCUAUGUAGGAAUAGUAAUCGUACGUUGGUUGUGUGUGAUUGGCUUUUUGUUUGUGCUCCUGGCUGCAGCUCUGGCCUUAUGCAAAUACUGCCUGGCAGAGUGGAAUGCCACAGACGUGCCUCCCACUGGAACUGUGUCUGACUGUCAUCUCCAUGGCAACAGAGACAAUUGCACAGAAGACACAAUAGAUACUGGACAGUCGAAUGGGCACUUCUCAAAAUGCCCAGAGGAACUUGAGCAUUACUGCAUCCAUGGGGAGUGUCGUUACAUUAAGGACCAGGAUGCACCGUCCUGCAGGUGUCAGAUCGGUUACAUUGGUUCCAGGUGUGAGUACCUAAACCUGGAGGAGCAGAUACAAGGCAAACAAGGAAUCAUAAUUACCUGUGCCAUCGCAGGGCUUGUGCUAUUAAUUCUUCUUGUUGUUUCCAUCUGCAUCUGUUCACGUCGUAGGAGGAGAUUGCAAAGGGACAGACGAAGGGAGGAACCAAGGAAUGGGACGGAGAAGCUUGGCAUGAUGGACAGCAAUGCAACAGGCUCAACUUUAAAGCCCGACUCAGCAGAGCAGCCCCUCACAAAUUCUGUAUGAGAACCUAGCUGAGGAACAUGUCUGGGAAUCUUUUAUACAUAAAAGAUGAUAGCUGUCACCUUCGCUUAAGCAGUCGGAGGUUUGUGAACGGCACCGAGGCCUUAAAGGAAGGGCAUUUAUGGAUAAAGUGCAUCUGUUGGUGCACUUUAUGGGAGUUUAUACAGUUCCUUUUAACACUCUUCAAAGAAGUGUGAGAGCAAAGAAGAUGCCUUCCAGGAUUUAUGAUAAAUAUCAGUCGGAGAGCUGUGUUUAGCUGCUGGUGUGCUGGCACGGGUGAUUUUUCCACUGCUGUGGAGGAACAGGCUCAUCUACCCUCUGACUAAGUGCUGCUGGGCUGCACCACACUAAAUAAACUGUUGCCGUCCUGGAAAAGGCUGUGACACCAGCUGGCAGGCAGUGAUAACAGUUGAUCCGGCUGACCAGAUAGUGCCCUGCAUGGGCGACACAUGGACACUAAGACAUGGAAGAAAAAGGACUGUACGAAGAUACAGCACUCCAUGAACUCCAGUAAACUCCUGUCAUGUGAACAAACCAUUAGAUGUAUAGAAAUCCUCAGGAGUACUGCCAGCUGCUGUUUUAGUAGCUUUGUGUCAUUUUUGUAUUGCUCCUAUUUGUUUACGGCUGGUUUUGCUGGUUUACGUCACAAGAUCAGAGUGUUUAUUGUACAGGCACCAGUAAAAUCAACAGUUAUCACUUAUUCAGCAAUCCACAGAAAUGAACUAACACCGAAUAU